AUGUAUGGUGUGUACUGUUUGGGUGAUGCCCAGAAGGUGUUCGAUGAAAUGCCUGAGGGGGACUUGGUUUCGUGGAGUUCUGUUAUCUGUUGUUAUGUUGAGAAUGGAAGGCCCAGUGAAGGGCUGGAAAUGUUUCGCCGGAUGCUUUCAAAGCAAAUUAGACCUGACAAGAUCACUUUGCUUAGUGUAGCCGAAGGUUGUGCUAGAAUUGGUUGUCUGAGGCUGGUGAACUCAAUCCAGGGGUAUGCAAUCAGAAGUGAAAUGGUUGGUGAUAGUAGUUUGAGUAAUGCACUUAUCAUUAUGUAUGGCCAAUACGGUCACUUGCGAAGAGCAGAAGGGCUCUUUAAAUUCCUCACUGAUCGAAGUACUGCCUGUUGGACUUCUAUGGUUUCGUCCUAUAAUCGAAAUGAGUGCUUUAGAGAAGCACUUGCGAGUUUUAUCCAGAUGCAGGAGUCACAAGUGGAACCAAAUGCAGUGACAAUGAUUAAUGCUCUGUAUUCAUGUGCUAGAUUAGGGCGGUUGAAAGAGGGGAAGUCAGUUCAUUGCUUUAUUUUAAGAAAAGCAAUGGAUUUAGGAGAUCUUGAUAUCGGUCCUGCGCUGGUGGAGUUUUAUGUUGCAUGUUGGGAACCAAGCAGUUGUCAUAAACUUCUUUAUAUAACCGAAAAUAUUGUGUCAUGGAACAUACUUAUAUCGUUUUAUGCUAGGGCGGGAUUACAUGACAAUGCAAUGGUACUCUUUGCUAAUAUGUUGGGUAAGGGGUUAAUCCCGGACUCAUAUAGCCUAGCAAGUUCUAUUUCAGCAAGUGCAGGCAUUGGUUCGAUAGAAUUCGGACAGAAGAUACACGGCCAUGCCAUGAAAAGAGGUUUCAUGGAUGAAUUUGUUCAGAACUCCUUGAUAGACAUGUAUUUAAAAUACGGCUUUGCAGACUUGGCAUACCUGGUUUUUGACAAGAUUACAGAAAAAAGUAUUGUGACAUGGAACUGCAUGAUUUCUGGGCUUUCUCAGAAUGGCUUUUCAGUAGCAGCACUCAAAUUAUUUGAUCAGAUGUACUUCAAUUGUCUGAAGAUUGACGAAGUAACCUUAUGUGCAAUUCAAGCUCGUUCCAAUUUGGGCUAUCUUGAGGAGGGAAAAUAG